GUCACAAGCUGCCCUUCUGUCUGAGAUCCUCAUGGACCAUGCAGCUGGCGCGGACAUCGCGCUGGUUGGGGACAAGGGCUCCGGAAAAUCGACUGUGGUCAAGGCAUUCGCAUCAAUAUUGGGCUACAGGACACGCAACUUGUUUUGCUACCGCGACAUGAGCUCCAGAGACCUUCUCCAGCGUCGAACGACAGAUCCCUGGGGAAACACUGGAUGGGCAGAUUCGCCGGUGGUGCAGGCGGCUAUUUAUGGCGAUUUGGCCGUUCUGGAUGGUGUGCACCGUUUGUCCAAGGGAAACCUUUAUGCCACUCUGGGACCUUUACUGGCCGAUCGAUCUUGCAUCCUGCCAGAUGGAACGCUGCUUUGUUCUCCAAAUCACUGGGAAACAUUGGUCAAGAAAGGUAAAGAGGUGGAAGCAGCCCUCCGUGAAGCGGGUGCACGGCAGGUUCACCAUGCUUUUCGAGUGAUAGUGUGCGGCGAUACACCUGAGUCUGCUCAAACUGGCCCAUCACGAAAUUGGAUUGACAGUGAGGUGGCAACACUCUUCCACUUUCAUGUCGUUUCAGACCUUCCUGUCAUUGAGCAGCGAAGACUGGCUCACCAAAUUGCUGCUGUCGAUGAUACCGAUGCCCAGGGAAAGCAAAGCAUCGAGAAACUCUUGGCCUUUAGUGAAGCAGCAAAAACUGCAGUGGAUAAAAACGCUGAACUAAAGCCUUUGCGCCUCAGCCUAAGGGCCUUGCUACGAGCAGCAAGGCACUUGGCAUUAAGUCGUGAUGAUCUUGCUGGUGCGCUCGACAGAGCCUUCUCGGCACGCUUCAAGUUUCUUCCACCUGAGCAACGAUCCGCGGGGGAAAAGCUUCUCACAGAGGUGGGAAUCAGUCCUGGGGUCAAACAAGCCUGCGUCAGCGUCAGCAUUGAUUCUGGCGAGCUACAUCUUGGAAGUGUGCGAUGUGCACAGCGCUGUCUGUCCCGCCCAGAGCUAGUGCCAGAGGUGCAGUUCGUGGAGAUUUCUGCGCACAUGACAAUUCUGCAGAACAUGCUGCGCAGCUACGCUGCUGGACAGCAUCUUCUGCUAGUUGGCAACCAGGGAGUGGGCAAAAACAAGCUUGCAGAUCACUUGCUAUGUUUGUUGCGCUGCGAACGCGAGUAUGUUCAGCUUCAUCGUGACACGACUGUCCAAAGCCUGACUGUAACCCCUACACUUGAGGCUGGCAUUGUUCAUUGGAAAGAUUCAGGGCUCCUCCGCGCAGCGAAAGCAGGGAGAUGCCUUGUGGUGGACGAGACGGACAAAGCUCCUUUGGAGGUUGUGUGCAUCCUCAAGGCUUUGGCAGAAGACGGUGAGCUGUCCCUUCCAGACGGUCGGACCCUACUCCGUCACAAUGAUCUGAGACUUAACCAGAAAUCAGCCACAGAGUUUGUUCCCAUAGCCGAAGGCUUCCGGAUGAUUGUGCUAGCGAACAGGCCAGGUCAUCCUUUUCUCGGGAAUGAUUUUUACCGAGUAUGCGGAGAUGUUCUCGACUACCAUGCCGUCGAGUACCUUGACGUUACUAGCGAGCUCCAGCUCUUGCGAAGCAUUGCUCCAUCAAUAUCAGAGGCGACGUUAGAAACCUUGUCCAAACUGUUUCGGGAACUCCGACGGUUAACUGACGGAGGUGAGAUCACGUACCCGUACUCCACACGUGAGUUGGUAAAAAUGGUGGCUCAUGCUCAAAGCUUCCAAGGUGAUACUUUGGAGUCGUUGGCAGCUGAUGUGUUCAGCUUCGAUGCCUUCGACGAUCGCCAACGGCUGUUGCAGGCGACCAAUUGCGACUGA